CUCAAACUUCAAAGUGACGUGAUAACAUAAACAUAACCUAGUUUUAAAAAUGGAUAUUUCCACAAAGUCAAAAUCUUCUAGAAUGAUGCCCAACAUUUUUAGCGUAUGUCACCCAAUUCCUACUAUAGCAGAAUUGGAACAAGUUAUUCAAGAACCACCUGAAUGGAUUUAUAAAGUGCAACCAUUAGUACCAAGAUCAGGAACAGUAGUUAAAAAUCAGUUAGAAGACUGUCAUAGUGAAACUGAAAAUUUUAGUCUAAAGGAUAGAAUAGAUGCUAGAUCUGUGCCAAAAUUUUUGAUUUGUCAUGAUUACAAAGGAGGAUAUCAAGCAGAUAGAUAUUUGCAUAACUCUGAUGAAGACAUUGUAGGUCACGGUUACACUUUUUAUAAUUGGUCGCAAAUAGAUAUUUUUGUGUAUUUUAGCCACCAUUUUAUUACAAUUCCACCGCUUUGUUGGAUUAACACAGGCCAUAAAAAUGGCGUAAAAGUGUUAGGGACAUUAAUAACAGAAUUUAGUUCUGGACAUGACAUUUGUGAUAAUAAAAUAUUCAAAGACUUAGAGACAAUGAAAAGUUUUGCUGAGUCUUUAGCUCAAGUAACAAAAAUUUUUGGUUUUGAUGGCUGGUUGUUGAAUAUUGAAAAUAAAGUCUCAAAUGUUGAGGUCCUUAAAAAGUUUGUUCCUUAUUUAACAAAAUUAAUUCAUGAUGACAAUCCUGGUAAUUUGAUAAUAUGGUAUGAUAGUGUCACUGAAAAAGGAGAGUUGGUAUGGCAAAAUGAACUUAAUGAAAAUAACCAGUAUUUCUUUGACUGUUGUGACGGAAUAUUUUUAAAUUAUACUUGGAGUGAAAAGACCUUAGAAAAAACAGCUCUUGCUGCCAAAUACAGAAGCCAUGAUGUAUUUGUAGGCGUUGAUGUAUUUGGAAGAAAUAUGUUUGGUGGUGGUAAAUUUCAUACUGACAAGGCUGUAGAAGUGGCAGUUCGCCUAAAUUUGUCAGUAGCGAUUUUUGCACCAGGUUGGACACACGAAACUUUAAAUAAGUCUGAAAAGUUUUUUGAAAGUUUUUAUAACAGAGAUUUGGCUUUCUGGCGAAGUCUAUGGCCAUAUAUGUACACUCAUCCUAUAACGACAUAUUUUACAACACAUUUUUACGUUGGAUUAGAUGAAGAUUGUUACAAUUUAUUUAGUCAGGGUAUUCAACUAUCAAAAUGUUUAUAUCCAUCGAAUUUACCCCUCAUUCCUGAACAUACCACCUUAAUGUUACCAUAUAAAUGUAGUUGCAUCCAAGGAUCUCUAAUAGGUAAUAAAAACACUUGUUUACUUACUAGAACAAAUUUAAGGAAGGACGUAAGUUACAUACACAACUUAUUUGUUACUGACAUCGAGAUAUAUGACAACACUGUAGUAUUUUUCCUUACCAAGAGCGUGGAUGAUGUCUUAUCUGUAAUUGAUGUGUCACUCUUGGUCAGUUCGUACAAUGGUAGCCUGAGAAAGAUUGUUCUGUUAGGACAAGAAAAAGAAGUACCGUUGGAGAACAAAACAGUUACAGAAGUUAACCAGUCAAUUUCUCCAGAUAUCAUUAGGAACAUCAGAGAUAGAUAUUAUGAGAAAAUUGUGGAUGAAAGAUGGAAUCUUAGUGUAUACAUUUUUUCCACGCCAUUGAGCAACAUUUUGGAAGUAGGAGUUACUUUGAAAUCGGGAAAUUCUAUUUUAUUGGGAGCGUUUGGAAUAGAAAAUGCAGAUGGAAAUUUCCUAAAAAAUCUUUAAAUGCAUGUAAUCUUUAAAACAGUCGUUUGCAAAAAAAUCAUUUUUAGCUCAUAAAAUUACUAACUUUAAAGUGAAAACUGAAUUAUCAUUUACGAUGAUUAAAAUCAUCACAGAAGCAAUAGUUCUUAAAUUUAGGAUGUUCCUUUUGAUCUAAAUAGAAAAUAUACUAAUUUUAUCUAAACUCGUCGAUUUCCGUUGUGUUCUUAAGUCUGUCUGUUCAUGCAGUGAUAUAUUUGUAUUAUAUUUCAUUUUUAAGGGAUUUAUAAAAUAAUUCUGACUUUUAAAUGUUCUAUAUCCUAUUUAAU